AUGCCGCAGCAGCCGACUUUGUACACAUCCAUGGCUUCAGGCACCGCAUCUCCUGGCCUUCCAGUUCCUCCAGUUCCCCGGGCCCUCGACCCAAAUUUGGAACAAUUCAUUCGCCAAGGGUUCUUGGUUCUUCCACCAGCCGGCAGUCCGCAGCUACAUGGCAGCAUCUACUCGAAAGCUUGGGCCAUCAACGCGAAGGGCCCUGAGGAGACCUGGAAGCUAGCAGAUGGUGUCCUUGGAGCCAUCCCGGAGCUCCAUCAAGUGCUGGAAGUGCCGCAUGUCCGCCAGGCAUUGACCAGCAUCUUGGGCGAAGGAUACAUGCUACACGGGCAUAGGCACCUACACGUCAGCUCCGAGAACAACCAAAUGUGGCACAAGGACUCCUACUGGGGCUUCCGUAAAGUCCGGAAACACCGGCCGCGCUGGCUAAUGAUGCUCUACUACCCGCAGGAUACUGUCAUUGCCAUGGGACCGACUUGUAUCAUGGCUGGGUCGCAAUACUGGACCAAGAACACGGAACAUAGCGAGUGUGGAGAAGACAUUCUGCUGCCAGACUCGGGUGUUCAGAGCAUGUUCCUUCCUGGAAGCCCGUCAUCGCAAGCCCGCUGCCUCCGCGAAGCAACGGCAAACUACUUGAGGCAGGAUGCAAACCUAGUGCAGGAGCUGGAACUUACCGUUUCGGCGAGCACCUGUGUCUUGAUGCAUUACGACCUCUUCCACAGAGCCAGUUCUCGCAAGGGAAGCACAGCACCCGAGCGCUUUUUGGUCAAGUUCCAGUUCCUGAGGACCACUGAGCCGUGCCCGGCCUCGACCCAGGCGGUCCUCCCUAGCCCUUUGGGAGUCCUCCCGAGCCCUCCGUCAGCGCCCGUGCAGCUGGAGGCGAUCCUUGAGGACCUGCGCACUUGGUACUGUGGAAUCCAAACAGAACGGCAGGGAGUCUCCCUGCUCUCCGAGCGAGCAAAAGAUGCUGAGAUCCUCUGUGGAGACUACGGUGAGGCGGAGAAGGUGGCAGCGGCUUAUCGCCUUGGCCGUGUGGGUGCCCGGCAGCUGCUCGCUCGGGCUCUCACCGCAGACGAGGGCACUGCGAGAGCCGCUGCUUACGGGCUCACGACUGCUGGCCCAAGCGCGGCAAGCGCCGUGCUGCCGCUUUUGAGCAACGCCUCGAAUCGUGCACGGCGCCUUGCUGCUUUUGUCGUGGGGGAGACUGCAAGACCCGACGCGUCCACCAUCGCAACGCUGGGACAAGCCCUUCGCUCUUCGGACUCUAACAAAGAAGCCCAGUGUGAACUCUUGGAGGCAAUAGGAUUGGUGGGCGCUCGAGCUCGUUCUCUUGGACAAGAUGAUUUGUGCAAUUCAUGCAUGCAGGAAGUUCUUCCAUAUCUAGAGCAAUCCGGAGCUACUUGGGCAAAGACUCAAACCGGCGAAUGUGCGGCCUAUGCCAUUUUGCUGGCGGCGGGGCUGAAGGGCCAG